AUGUCUACUACAAUGCCAGAGGUUGAAGUGUCUACAGGGAAGGCAACAAAUGGAAACACUGCAGUAAAGACUGCAAUUCAGGUGAAGACUGCAACGACUGCUUCGAGUAUAGUUUCUCACUUGAAGACUGCAUUUUUACGAAAGUUUCGGCCUGGUUGUCAUCACUAUGAACAAUAUUCGUUUGACGUCAUUUCCAAUGAACUAUCUCCCACACGUGUCACUGGUCAUCUUCACGCCUUAGGUUUCGAGAUCGAUGAACUAUCUCCCACACGUGUCACUGGUCAUCUUACCGUUUCUCUAAUCUGCUGCCAGCCUUUCAAGGUGCUAAACGGUGGUGUGUCUGCUUUGAUCGCCGAGUCUUUAGCAAGUAUGGGAGCUCACAUGGCUUCCGGUUUCAAAAGGGUCGCUGGAAUUCAACUCUCAAUAAACCACGUAAAGAGUGCCGAUCUCGGAGACCUUGUCUUGGCCCAAGCAUCCCCUGUAAGCACAGGCAAAACCAUUCAGGUCUGGGAAGUCAAGCUUUGGAAGUCAACACAGAGAACGGAGAAGAAAAUCUUAAUAUCUUCCUCCAGAGUCACACUUCUAUGUAACCUUCGUGUCCCAGAUCACGCCAAAGAUGCAUCAGACCGGCUAAAAUUGAUCUCCAGAUUGUAGAUUUCAAAGCCUUCUUUUUCUCUCUGUCUAUAUAUAUGAUUGUGUUUAUCUUGCUACUGGCUUCUUAUUGUCACUUGUAUGUAUCAUCAUCUAAACAUUCACUCCUUUUGGGUGAAAAUAAGCUAAAAGUGGCAAAACAUAGUUAACUGUUAUUGUCCCUGAUA